AGAUGUUUGCUGGAACCGUAGUCUGUUAGUAGGGAGACGUUCUGGCAUCGCCUUGGACUGCCCCUUUGCCGAGGUCGCCCAUUGUGGUCACCCACAAGGCACAAGCUGCCGCAAAGUGCUUUGCCUGCUGAGUUGCAAAAGACAUACCGCAUCACUAUAGGUUGAAGCAACACGACCUAAAUUGGUGACGUUGUAGCCCUACAAUUGUAACCUCGAAACGCGACCAGGCGCACGUUCGACAGCGCCAGUGACCAGUGCAGAUCUAUCUCAGGUUUAAUUACACAAACGACGGUCGGGCGCGUGGAGCACUAGGCCUGCGGACGUGGAUUCUGGCCUCUUCCGAGUCUGGUCUUGGUCGCAACUCGUACUGCCGAAGCAGCUUUUGCUAGCAAGAGGCAUCAGCUAUGCAGGGCUCGGCUUCGGGAGCGCUUCGUGCUCUCGUAGCCUCAACAGCAGCGCUUCGUGGAGCGGCCACUGCCGAUGCGAGCACAAGUUAUGAGGGCGUAGCCAUAGCGGCAGCAGCAGCUUCACGCUUCCUCCACCAGCACCAUGACAGCCGUCCAAAGCUUCUACAGCACCGAUCGCAGCACCCACGACCCAAUUCCGACCAGCCAUCCGCGUCCCUUCACCUCUCCAACGCUGCCUCCUCUAUCCCGUCAAACUCUUCCGCCCUGCUUUCUCCAUCCUCAUCCUUCACUCCAUCCCCAGCCUCAGCCCGCCGGCCCUCCUCUCUCAUCCACCCUCCCGCAUCCUCAUCCAUCGCACCCUCCAUCCAUGCCCACCAUGGCUCCCGCACCCUCCAAACCGCCGCCGCUGCCAGCCCGCCCGGCACCGACCCCUCCCUCGACUCCCUCGCCGCCCUAGCCGCCGGGCUUCUAGACGAGGGCAGCGCGGGUCGUGAGGGCCUUACGCCCGCUGCCAUCGUCACCGCGCUGGACCGCCACAUUGUGGGUCAGGCGGCUGCCAAGCGCGCAGUGGCCAUAGCGCUGCGCAACCGCUGGCGGCGGCAGCGGGUGCAGCCGGCGGCCUUCAGGGACGAGAUCAUGCCCAAGAACAUACUCAUGGUUGGCCCCACGGGUUGCGGCAAGACGGAGGUGGCUCGGCGGCUGGCCAAGCUGGCCGACGCGCCCUUCAUCAAGGUGGAGGCCACCAAGUACACGGAGCUGGGAUACGUGGGGCGGGACGUGGAGGAGAUCAUCAAGGACCUGGUUGAGGCCUCCCUGGUGCUGGUGCGGCAGCGCCUGAAGGCGCGCCUGUCCGCCCACUCCGCCGCCCGCGCCGAGGCGCUCAUCCUGCGCGAGCUGGUGGGGCCGCAUGCGAGCGAGGACACACUGGACACCUUCAGGCACAUGUACAGGAGGGGCGAGCUGGACAACAACCUGGUGGACAUCGACGCGGCGCUGCUGGACGGCGGCAGCGGGGGCGGGG